ACGUAUUCACCGCCACCGCUGUUCCUUUUUCGUCGUUUUCAAAGACUUCAUAUAUAUAUAUAUAUAUCUACACUUGUAUCGAGAUCUUAGUUUAUAUAAAUUUAGAAAAAAACCCAAUACAUUAGAAACAAACUUCCGUUCAUCGGAGACUCUGUUUAUCUUUAAAUUGUUCAGAACGUGUGGUAUUCGAUUGUAAGGAAAAGAUGGUUGGAACAGAAAUUGAGGGAUCAACGAACAAUGCCCAUGCUAAUGGUUUAGUUCAAAACACUAAUGGUUCCUUAGAAGAAAAAGUGGAUGAGCUUCGGAAGUUAUUGGGUAAAACAGACGAUGAUCCUUUGAGAAUUGUGAGCGUUGGUGCUGGUGCUUGGGGUUCUGUGUUUGCAGCCAUGUUGCAAGAUGGUUAUGGUCAUCUUCGCGAUAAGGUUCAAAUUAGGAUCUGGAGAAGAUCUGGAAGAUCAGUUGAUAGAGCCACGGCUCAACAUUUGUUUGAUGUUAUCAAUUCAAGAGAAGAUGUGUUAAGAAGAUUGCUUAGACGAUGUGCUUACUUGAAAUAUGUUGAAGCAAGAUUAGGUGAUAGAACUUUGUAUGCAGAUGAGAUUUUGAAAGAUGGGUUUUGUUUGAAUAUGAUUGAUACUCCACUUUGUCCUUUAAAAGUGGUUACUAAUUUGCAGGAGGCUGUGUGGGAUGCUGAUAUUGUCAUCAAUGGAUUGCCAUCCACAGAAACACAUGAAGUAUUUGAAGAAAUUAGCAAGUAUUGGAAGGAAAAAAUCACGGUUCCGAUUAUAAUUUCGUUAUCAAAGGGUAUAGAGGCUGAGUUGCAGCCUGAACCCCACAUAAUUACUCCAACCCAGAUGAUUAGUAGAUCAACUGGAAUUCCAAUGGAGAACAUUCUAUAUCUUGGUGGACCUAAUAUUGCAUCAGAGAUCUACAACAAGGAAUAUGCUAAUGCACGACUAUGUGGAGCAGAGAAGUGGAGGAAACCACUUGCCAAGUUUCUAAGGCAACCCCACUUCAUUGUGUGGGAUAACGGUGAUCUCGUUACUCAUGAAGUGAUGGGUGGGUUAAAGAAUGUCUAUGCCAUUGGAGCUGGUAUGGUAGCGUCUUUAACCAAUGAGAGUGCCACCAGCAAGUCGGUGUACUUUGCGCAUUGUACAUCUGAAAUGAUAUUUAUAACUCAUCUUUUGGCUAAAAACCCGGAGAAGCUUGCAGGUCCGCUAUUGGCUGAUACAUAUGUGACAUUAUUAAAAGGUCGUAAUGCAUGGUAUGGCCAAAAGUUGGCCAAAGGAGAACUAACUCUUGAUAUGGGUGAUAGCAUCAAGGGGAAGGGGAUGAUUCAGUUUAUGUGUCUUAUUUUGUUUCAGGGAAUUUCAGCAGUGAAAGCAUUUUACGAGCUACUUAGUCAAUCUCAUUUAAGCAUUCUACACCCGGAAGAGAAAAAGCCUGUUGCACCAGUUGAGCUUUGUCCCAUUUUGAAAACCCUGCAUAAAAUACUUAUAUCAAGGGAGGCUCCAUUGGAGGCUAUUCUUCAGGCAUUGAGGGAUGAGACGAUGAAUGAUCCCCGAGAUCGGAUUGAAAUUGCCCAAACUCAUGCUUUCUACAGGCCUUCACUCUUGGGGCAGUAGCCUUUCCUUGUUUAGUGUUGAUUAUGUAUUACUUGUUAUUUGCAACUCAUCUGAACUCUGUUUGUUGUACAAUUUUGCCUUGUGCUAUUAUAUUGAACCUUGUUUGUUUGUGUAA